GCGCGCAUGCAAGCAAGCUCACACGCCUGAACCCGCGCAAACUCAUUUUGCGACACUUCAGCUUCGUGCAGCACGCGGUGUCAGACCUUAUCUACUUACGCAGCUGUGCAGCCAGCUGCCAGCCAUGCAGCAGCGCCGUCGUCGCGGCUUAGCGUAGCGCGCGGCUUAGCGUAGUGCGCGUCUUAGCGUAGCGCGCGGCCGUGCCGGGCGGUGCCAAGCAGCAGCGCGGAACCAGUUUACCUUCGGGCCGUUGCGCGGCCUCCUCCAGAAUCUACUCCCAACCCGCCAAGCAACCCAAAGGCGGCCAAAAUGUCAGAUGCAAUAGCUGCAGCAGCAGCAGCAGCCACCAGCUCGCAGCAGCAGCAGCAACAGAAAACAGCCGCACCCACUUCAAACGCCGUCAUCCACAGCGCUGCUAGCAAGCCGUCCUGCAUCGGCGCCCGAAGCUGGUGCCACCUGCCAGAGAGCUGCACCUACUGCGGCGGUGGCGACAGCGAGGCAGAGGGCAGGCGGCUGCUUGUGCUGUGCUCCUGCUGCUUCGCGGCGGGCGCGCACGUGGGCUGCUAUGAGGAUGUGAACGGGGCGGCACUGCCGAGGGAGGUGACCCACGGAGACGCUGACUACUUCUGUACGCCGGAGUGUCAGCACGUGCACGACACGCUCAAGGCCGCCUCACACGGCAGCAGCAGUAGCAGCGGCGGCGGCGGCGGCGGCGGCGGCGGGCGGGGCUGCCGCAUUCGGGACGAGCCGGAGAUGUUUACGUUUGAGCUGCUGCCGUGCGCCGAGUACCGCCAUGGCGACAGACGCCUGUGCCGGGAAAUAGACCAGGCACUGCGCCUGUUCAAGUCCAGCUUCUCCCCCCUGCUCAUGGACAACGGUCGCGACUUGUUGGACAUGGUGUGUACGGGCUGGGAGACGCCGGACGAGCAGCUCACCGAGACGGAGCCCGGACACAACUUCAGUGGCUUCCACUUGGCGGUGCUGCGGCAGCGCGGGGCGGUGGUGACGGCCGCCACCCUGCGCGUGUUCGGGCGCCGCUUCGCCGAACUGCCCUUCGUGGCCACACGCGAGGGCUACCGGCGCGCCGGCAACUGCAGGCGACUGGUCAAGGCAGUGGAGGACCUGCUGCUGUCUGCGGGUGUGGGCCAGCUGGUGAUGCCCUCCAUCAAGCCGCUGCUGCCCAUGUGGGCCGCAAAGUUCGGAUUCACGCCGCUCACCGAGCAGGAGGUGGCAGCCAUAGAGGACUGGGUGGUGGACACGGACCGCGAGACCUCCACACUGGUGCGCAAGCCCGUGCUGCCGCCGCCGCAGCGGCCCGCGCAGCUGGCGGCGGCGGCGCAGGCGGCGGUGGCCGCCGGAAUCGGCGCCAAGAAGCGCGGCGCGCGCAGUGGAGCAGGGGCGCCGGCGCCGGCGGCGGUGGCGGCGGGAGGAGGUGUGGCAGGUGGUGGCGGGGGCGGUGCAAGCGGCGGUCGGCUGGUGGACCUGCGGCGGCGGCGGCGGCCGGUGAAGAUCGUGCGUGAUGAGGACCUCAGCUCUGACGGCGACAGCAGCAGCAGUGAGGAGAGCGGCAGUGGUAGCGGCAGUGACGGCAGGCAUGGCGGCAGGCGGAGCCGUAAGGCCGCGGGCCGCGGCGGCGGCGGCGGCGGCGGCGGCCGGCGCCGGCGCCGCGCUCGCUCCGCUGGAUCUGGCUCCGAUGAGUCUGACUUUCGACCAGAGGCGGAGGGCGGCGGCGGCGGCGGUGGAAGCGAUGAGGAAGAUGAGUCGGAGGACGCGGCGGACCUGGAGCCGGAGGCGGAGGUGCUGGGCGGCCGCCGCGCUGCAGCCGCCGCCGCCGCCGCCGCGGCGGCGGCGCCCGCCAUCGUCAAGGGCCGCAAGAAGGCGGCGGUUGCGGCGGCGGCGCCAGCCGCUGCCGCUGGCCCCACAGCCAAUGGGUCCGGCGGCGGCACCACAGCCGCUGCCGCGGCGGCGCCGGCGGCGCCCAAGCGCAAGCGCGCGCGGCGCACGCCGGCGCCGCGGCCGGCGGCGGCGGCGGGGCCGCCACCCGUACAGCAGCGGUACGACCCGGCCAAUGAGCUGGUCCACCCCAUACCCGGGCUGUACACCCACCUGGAGAUGAACACGGUGCUGCUGCCGGAGCUGCGGCCGCUGCCGCCGCCACUGCCGCCGGACGUGGAGGCGGCGCGGCCGCCUCUGAGCGACACGUUCGAGCUGACCGCGGCGAUACAGAGCACGGUGGUGCGCAAGGUGGAGCGGGCGGUGGAGCGCUCUGCCCGCACCGGCACGCCGCUGCUGACGCUGCCGCCGGGGCUGCUGCCGCCGUGCGCCAUCCACUGCGCUGCCGCUAUGGGCCGCGCGCCGCCGGCGGCGCUGGAAGCACUGGCGGCGGCGGAGGCGGCAGCGGCGGCAGAGAAGGCGGCGGCGGCGGCAAAGGAGGCGCCGGCGGCGGCGGCGGUGCAGCAGCCGCAGCAGCAGCAGCCGCCCAAGGCCCCCAAGCCGCCCAAGGGACCCAAGCCGCCGCGGCCGCGCUACCCCAAGCAGCCGCACCUGCUGCAGGGGCAGGAGCAGGCGGCGCAGCUGGCGGCCGAGGACGCGCGCCUCCGCCACAGUGACGGAGGCGGCAGUGGCGGCGGCGCCGGCGGCCCGCCGGCAGCUCGUACGCCGGAGCAGGAGGAGGCUCGGCGGCGGCGUCAGCGGCUGCGGCUGGCGGCGGCGCGGCGGCGGCAGUCGUACCGGGAGUUGAUGAUGGGGUUCGUGCUGGCGGACACGCUGCAGCGGCUGCUGACGUCCGAGCCACAGCUGCUGCUGGGGCCGGAGCUGCCAAGUCUGGGUCCUCGCCUGGGGCCGCACACGUCCACGCCAAUGCCGGCGUCCCACGCGCCUCAACAGAAGCCGUCGCGCAGCCUUUGGCUGCCCCAGCAGCAGCAGCAGCCGCAGCCGCAGCCGCAGUCACAGCAGCAGCCGCAGCCGCAGCCGCAGCCGCAGUCGCAGCAACCGGCUGCGGCCGCGGUAUCGGCGCUAGCGCGAGCGCCGGCCCUAGAGCCACUGCCUGUGCCGAGCGGGCCGCGCGCUUCUCCUAGCCCUGCUGCUUCGGCUGCUACUGCCACGCCCGCUGGUACUGCUACUGCCAUCUCGGCGGCUGCGGCUGAGCUGGUGCGGCUGCGGUCUGAGAACGAGGCGCUACAGCGGCGGCUGGCGGAGGCGGAGGCGGCGCUGCAGAGCAGCCGGCAGCAGCAGCCGCAGGCGCUCGUGCUACAGCCGCCUCAGCCGCCACUGCUACAGCCAAGCCUGCGCCAAGGCCAGAAGCGUGCGUACGAGCAGCAGCAGCAGCAGCAGCAGCAGCAGCAGCAGCAGCAGCAGCAGCAGCAGCAGCAGCAGUCGCCGCGGUCGCCGGCCCCGGCCAUAAGCCCACUUCCCUUCCUGCUACAGCCCUCGCCCCUGUACGCCGAGGCGGGCGCUACUGCCUGUGGUGGCGGCAGCGGUGGCAGUAGCACGCCCGCUGCUACUGCCACCACUCCCCUGCCCACCGGUGACAUCGUGGCCCUGGCGGUCCGCGCACAGCGACAUGCCAGCAGUGUUGCGGGCUUUGGGACCGGUGGUUGCGGCCGUGAUGCAGGCGGCGUAGGCGGCGGUGAUGUCGUCGAUGGCAUUCACGGUGCGGGCAGCAGCGGCGGCGGCGGUGACAGCGACGGCGACGGCGGCGCUGACACGUGCGCUUGCGACGAGCCGGUGACGUACCCGGAUGACGACUACGGCAGUACGGCAGUGGAAGAGGUUGAUGAUGGUGAUGGGCCGUACACUACUGCCGGAGCGGAUCCAAGGGCGGCAGCGGCGACAGCGGCCAUGGCGGCGGCGGCGGCGGAUGGGAUGUGGGAUGUCGCCCAGGCGACAGCAGCUGAGGGCCGCGUCAACUCCAUAGCUGCCGCCGCGCCUGCCGCAUUUGGGUUCUGGGCUGCAAGGCAGGCGGCGGAGGAAGUGGCGGGGGCGGUGGCGGCGGCGGAGGCUUUGCCUGCGGCGGCGGCGCCGGGCCUGCUGCAGCGGCUGCCGGUGCUGCAGCUCGGUGCUCCGGCGCUGCCGCUGCCGCCACCUGUCAACGCAUCCGCUGCAAUCGCCGCGUUUGAAGUGAUGGCGGGAGGCGCGGCUGCCGCCUGCGGCCACACCAACGAGGCCCCAACGACAGAGACCGGCACGGAACCCGCGGCAGCAGGCGCCGCCGCGGUUCCGGUGCGGUACGUCCAUUCCGCAUUCCAGCAGCCGCAGCCGCAGCUGCAGCCGCAGCUGCAGCCACCAGUGUCACAGCCGCCAGCGGCAGCGCUGCCGCCGCUGCACACAUUUGGCUCCCCGCUAGAGCUGGGGCUGUUCCCGCCCUCGCAGCCCUCACAGCAGCAGCUGUCGCAGCCCCUGUCACAGCAGCUGUCGCAGCCGCCAUCACAGGCGCAGCCACAGCCGGAGGCCGCAGCGCUCGCGACCCUGACUGCGGCGCCCCUAGUGAGCAUGGAAACGGCGGAGGGCGCGCUUCGUCAGCCCCGCUCGCUGCCAGGCUCGCCACUGCCGCUGCCGCAGCAGCAAGCGAACUCGCAUACAGCCGCUACACCAGCCGCCGCCGCCGCCGCCGCCGCCGCCACCGUCGUGCCGCACACGGACAGCGUCGCUGGCGGCGGUGACACGACGCCUGUGCGCGCCGCUGGCGCCCGUGGCGCCGACAGCAUCACACCGGGCGGCAGCGCCGGCGGCGCUGCCGCGGCCGCAGCUGCCGCCGCAGCCGCCGCCGGCACAGCCACCGCCGCAGCCGACUACUGUGACGACGAAGGGGCGCGCUCGCCGCCGUUCUCAUUGCUGGCGGAGGUGGCGCGACUGGCGGCGGCGAUGGGGCGGCGCGACGGCAGCAGCACCGGGGUGCCGGGCACCGGUGUGGGAGUGGGACAAGACCAGCAACAGGAGAUGGCGUCGAUCUCGAGUCCGCUGACGCCACCGGCCGGCCGCAGCCCGCCAUCGCCAAGGCCGGCACUGCUAGGUAGCCCAGCUGGUGGCGGCGGCGGCGGCGGCGGGCACGGCGUGUGCCACCGCUCGGCGGCUGACACGCCUCACCCCGUCGCUGUGGCGGGCGCGGGGUCAAGCGUGGGUGCCGGCGGCGGCGGGUCAGGGUCGCGCAGCAAGGUGCGUGCGACGCGCCGCCGCAUUGUCAUGCUGGCGAGCUCCUCGCCCGGCAGCAGCGGCGGCGGCAGUGGCAGCGGCGGCAGUGGCAGCGGCGGCAGCACACCCAGGGGCUGGGGUAGCAUCGACGGUGAUUUGGCGCACGCAGCUGCCACGGAUGGCGUGGAGAGUGCUGGUGAGGCGAGCGAUGCGGCAGCGGGCGCCUGCGAUGACAUUCCUGCCGGUGGCAGUAGUUACUACGGUGGCGGCGGCGGCGGCGGCGGCAGCAGUAGCAGCUGUGGCGGCGGCCUGCAGAUGGAGAUGGAGUGGAGCCGCAUGGACAUGGAGGCCGCGGAGGCGCUGGCGCUGGGGCCUCUCCUGGCAGCGGCGGCUGCAGCACAGAAGGAACAGCAGCAGCGUGAGAAGCAGCAGCAGCAGCUGCAGCAACAGCUGCUACAGCCGGCCUUUUACGGUAGAGCUGCUAUGGCGCCGCUGUGGCGGUCGCUGGCGGCAGGCGGCAGCGCCGGUGUAGCGGACAGCGUUCCGCGCCCACCUCGAGCGCCGCCCUCGCCCUCGCCAUCACCCUCGCCGCCUCCCACUGGCAGCCUCUUCGCUGCCGCUGCUGCUGCCGCCGCUGCCGCCGCUGCUGCUGCGGCGCCCUCUGCUACUGCUGCACCGUCACCUGCUACUGCUGCGGCUGCAUCUUCACCUGCUACUGCUGCUAUUGCUGCAGCCCAGACGGUUGCAGGCACUGCCGCCUCCACGCCCGCUGCCGCCACCGGCACCACGCUGACCACCACCACCACCACCGGCGCCGCCGGCCGCAUCAGCGGCAGCCCGUUCGCCUCACCAACGUCCCUGCUCCGCUUCGAGCGGGCGUGUCUGCAGCCGCUGCUGCCGUGUGUGGUGCGGGUGCUACUGGAGGACUCGCCGCCCACAUCGGCGCCACGGCCACGGCCGCGCGCCAGCACGCAGAAGGAGGAGGAGGCGGAGGCAGGGGCGGGCGCGGGGGCGGAGGCGGAGGCGGGGGCGGGGGCCGAGGCAGGGCGGGGAUCGCCGCCGUCAAGCUGCAAGCGCCGCCGGCUAGCGCUGGAGGCGGAGUCGGAGGGGCUGCAGCAGGCAGCGGCAGCAGUGACGGAUAUGGAGGUGGGGACGGAGGCGGAGGCAGAGGCGAAGGCUGGCAGGGCCGCAGCGGCAGCAGCGGCGCAGCCAUCGGUUGCUGCAGCAAUUCUGGCGGACGGGGACAAGGGCUGCGGGUACCCUGCUGGUGCCGCGGCAGCUGGUGCCGCGGCAGCUGGUGCCGCUUGCGCCGCUGGCGCAGCUUGUGUCCCAGAAGCGUGCCUCGAGGGCACGGCUGGCACAGAGGCGGCUGUGCCGGCGGCGGCCCUGGGUGGCGGCUCGCCCGCCGCGCCGGCUGCAGCCGCGACGCACGCACUCUUGGGGCACCAGCAGCAGCAGCAGCAGCAGCAGCAGCAGCAGAAGGUGGCUGUGGUGGUGGUGCCGCCCGGCGCCGGCACGCACGUGCAUGCGUCGCCGCCGCCCGCGUCCGGACAGGACCUGAUCGCGGCAGCAGGGCUCGCCCGCAGCGGCAGCGCUCUCUGCAGCAUCGGCGACACCAGCAACAGUCGCACGGCAGCGGCAAAAGCUCCGGCGCUGUCUCCGGCGCCCACGCCCGAUCCAAGCAGCAGCAGUGGCGGCAAUGGCGGCACCGCCGGCCGCAAGCGGCGGCUGCCUCAGCGUUUCGCUGACCCCGUCGGGCUUGAAGGCGCCACGAGCGUUUGGGGUGGUGGCAGUGGCGAUGACACGGUGGCCGUAGCCACGGCUUCUCCCGGGCAGGAUGACCAGGCCGCUGUGCCGCCACCGCCCCUGCUGCCACCAGUGCCACAGCCUGACCCGGCCGUAGCCACAGCCGCCGCCGCCACGGCCGUAGCAAUCGCUGUUGCAACGGCCGCUCUGCCCGCUGCUGUGCUGCACACCAGCGGCAGCUCCGCAGGCGGCGAGGGCGUGGCAGCGGAUGCGGCGGCGGCGGCAACACCACUCCCACCACUGCUGGCUGCUGCCGGCGGCGUCUACAUGAGCCCUAUCGCGUUCGCUGCCGCCGCCGCCCCUGCCACCAGCCCAGCGCCGCGCUCCGCGGCCAUCCCGGCAGCUGUGGCGGCGCCGCCAGUGGCGCCUAAGCGCGCUCGGCUUGUGCAGCUGGGUGCCUUACUGCAGCCACCCCUGUCUCCGCUGCCGUCUUCCACGGCAGCGGCCGCAGCCGGUGGCGCAGCAGGCGUGUCGCCUGCGCCGGCGGCGACACCGACGGCGGCUGCAACGGCUGUGGCUGCUGGCGCGGCGGCUGUCGUCCCUGCUGUGGUGGAGGCAGACCCUUACGCGUAUCAGCCAGAUGAGCCGGUGCGGCUGGCAGCACAAGAGCAGGCGAGCGCGGCUGCUGCGGACGCAAAUGCGUCAGCUCCAGCUUCGACAGCAGCGGCGGCGGCGGCACCGGCUGUAGCUACAAGGCCGCCGCCGGCUGUAGCAAGGCCGCAGCAGCGCCUGGCCAAGCGGCAGAAGGCGGCGGCGUCGCUGUUCGGGGAGGAGGUAGUGCUGACGUCAGCGACCUCCACCUUGGCGGACGGCAGCGGCAGUGGCAGCGGCGACAGCAGCAGCUCUCCGGGCGCCUCGCCGCUGGCUUCACAGGGUGGUGGCAAGGCGUCAGCAGCGGGGCCGGGUGUAGGUGUAGGUGGUGGCGAAGGGGGCGGGGCCGGGGGUGCCACCACGCCGCACAGCCAGCUGCGCGCCGCCGCCGCUGCCGCCGCCGCCGCCGCCGUGGCUGAGGCGCAGGAGGCCGACGGCGGGAGCCCUGGGUCCAGCGACGGCGCAGCAGGGACAGACGCGGUGACUGCCGCGCUGGUGGCAGCAGUGGCGGGCGCUGACGUGGCCGCAGGCGCAGUGCCGCCGCCGGUGCCGCCCGUGACCCAGACGGUGCCUGGCAGCAGCGCCCCUACAGCGCCGCCGCCGCCAGUGCCGGUGCAGCGCGCGCCGGCUUCCUCAACAGCAUCUCCCCAGCCCGCCGCAGCCCCUGCCGCCACCGCUGCCCUGACCGGCUCCGGCUCCGGCACCGGCACCGGCACCGGCAGCCUCUUCAUGCCGCUGGCCAGCCCCGGACCCAGGGGCCGGCCCGUGGCUUCGGCCGCGGCCGCAGCUGCAGCAGGCGGCGGAGCGGCCCAGCGGCGGACGCCACAGCCCUCGCAAUCGCAGUCUCAAUCACAGUCGCAGCCGCAGUCGCAGCCGCAGUCGCAGCAACCGCUGCCAAGCCUGACGUCCCCGCCGUCCUCCUUGUCGGCCGGUGUUGCCGUCAGCAGGCGGGGCGCUGCUGGGGCCGGCGGCGGCGCGGCAGCAUCGCAGCCGCAGCCAGCGCUGGGUCCCAUGCGCCUGUCGCCGUCGUCAUUGCGGCCGCUGCCGAACACCCAAAGCGGAGCGUCACUCCAAGCCCCCGGGAACGGCAGUGGCGUUUGCGGCGGCGGCGGUGGCGGUAGCGGAAGGCCUGCCUUUCCGUCACCCCGCCGGCCGCAGUUCUCUGCCGCUAGUGGCGGCGCCGCCAGCGGCGCAGCGGGCGGCCGCGGCCGCGGCGGCGGCGCCAUCGCCGUGGCUGCCGCUGGCCCAGUCGUGAUCAACAAGUCCAAGCUGCUGUCAUCCAUCAUCGCGGGCGAUGAGGACGAGGAUGACGAGGACGCGGAUCUGGAUGAGGGCGUCUUGUCCAUCAUGCGGGCCAUUGAUCGUGACCUGGCGCAGGACAGGGCGGCGGCGGCGGGCGCAGGUGGCGGCGGCAGUGGCGGCGGCGGCGGCGGCCGACUGGGUGACGAGCUGGGCGGCUUGGGAGCGCUGCUAGGAGAGAUGUCUGGAGGCCUGGGGUUGCUGACGGCGGCGGCACGUGGGCCGAUGACGGGGCGCGGGGGAGUGGCGUCAGUCAGCGGUGCAGCACCGGUGGGAGCAUCGUCAGGAUGGGGCGGAUCGGCAGCAUCAAGGCGAGGCGUGGUGGCAGCGGGGCGGCUGGCGCAUGCGGGGCCCGGGCCUUCUGGCGAUCGGCGCAUGGCAGCGUCAGCAGGUGCUGCGGCGGCAGCGGCGGCGACUACAGCUGCGGCUACUGCUGCGGCUGCGGCUGCCGCUGCCCGGGGCGUCAACGCGCUUUGCGACCGGCUGUGUGUUGACGACGGCAUGGAUGAGGAUGACGAGUAGGGUGGGGAUGCCGGUAACGCAACUGCUGAGGAGAAUGGAUGGAGGACUUGAAGGUACCGUUUAAAAGAGUGUCAUAAAGAAGUGUGCAAGGCAAGAGUGACGUGAGAGUGGCUGGAGGAUGAGUGAAGGACGGACGCUUCGCACAGCGCGCGCAGAGAAGACGUGCGCACCUUGAAAGGCCGCGCCCGAAGCACCAGUACGGCCCGGUGUGGGCCCGCUUCCAGGAGACAAUGUGUGUGUUUGCGGGGGAGCUGGCUGAUUGUGUUUGUGCUGUGAGCUCGUCAUGGCCUUUGCGGUGGCGAAGAACGUGCGUCGAUGGAGCGAAAUGGGAGUAGGGCGGGUGCCCGCUCAUGACAUUACUCAUGUGUACGGUAUUGGUAAGCCGUUUU